ACCAGACAACCGUGAACAUAUCCAGUGAUUAAUUUCAGCUGAUUAUAAUCGGCAGAUUUCUCUCUCGCUCUCUCCCACUCUCUCUCGCAACAGGACACAAUUCUUACGGUUGCUUUAAUAGUUGAACGGCAGAGCGAGCGCGUGGACGCACCUGGGACUGAAGCUCACACAUGCACUUGCACGCCGCGCGCUCUACUGCUUCACACGGGAUCCGCGCGCCGGAGCUGGACUUGAGGAGCACUUCAUCCCGAACCUGAUUUUCCCGUGGUCCCGGCCAUCUGUGUGUGGCUUCUGCUCGGAAGGGAGAAAAUGAGCCAGCCACAGGCAAGCGAGGAGCUGGAGCAGAGCUGCAGCAUAACGAAAAAGAGCAUGAUCACCAAGAUUUUUAAAGUUCGCAAAAGGCGAGAGAUGCUGUUCGUGCAGGUGUGCUUCAUCUGCAGCGUCUUGUUUGUGGCGUGGUGUAUGUCAGCGUUGCUCACCAAAACAGGUCAUGGGUUGGUUAUGCAGGAGGGAUUUGCUGCUCCCAGCGAUCGAUUGGGUCGAAGGCUCAUGGCCACAGUGGGAGACAACGAGACGGAAGACAAGAACUGCACAGCACCAGCCAUCCACGAGUUCCCCGAGGACCUGUUCACCAACCAACAGCGUUCACAAGGAGCCGUGCUGCUACACAUAUUUGUGGCUUUAUAUAUGUUUCUGGCCCUCGCUAUUGUCUGCGACGACUACUUUGUGACCUCUCUUGAGAAGAUUUGUGAGAAUCUGCACCUGAGUGAAGAUGUAGCAGGAGCAACCUUCAUGGCAGCUGGAAGCUCCGCCCCUGAGCUGUUCGCCUCUAUAAUCGGUGUGUUCAUUACACAUGGAGAUGUGGGGGUGGGCACCAUAGUGGGCUCAGCCGUGUUCAACAUCCUGUGCAUCAUCGGCGUGUGUGGGAUUUUUGCGGGGCAGGUUGUUUUCCUCACCAAGUAUGCUGUGUUCAGAGACUCCUCCUACUACAUUAUUUCUGUUGUCGCCCUCAUUGUAUUUAUUUACGAUGAUGAGAUUUUGUGGUGGGAGAGUCUGGUGCUGAUUGUCAUGUAUCUUGGCUACAUCAUAGUCAUGAAGUUUAACACUAGUCUGCAAAACCUUUUUAAUGGAAAGGAAGACAAGAGGGUCACCAACGGUAAUGCGGUCAUCAGCGAGAUGGAGCCUGGUAAUGAUUGUUUUGAGCAGUUUUGGGAUGAUCCAUCAUGGCCGUUACUCGCCCCAGUAAAGCCCAAUAAAACAUACACUAGGGGCUCUGUCGUGAUGGUGGAUGAGAUGAUGAAUUCGAGCCCUCCGCACUAUCGCUUCCCUGAAGCUGGUCUUAGGGUCAUGAUCACCAACCACUUUGGACCCAAGACACGUCUGCGCAUGGCAAGCCGGCUUAUCAUCAACGAGCAGCAGCGGCUGGUGAAGUCAGCCAAUGGUGUGGACUCUGUGCUGGUCUGUGAUCAGAAAGCUGACACCAUGGAAAAUGGCAAUGUGGCAGAGGACAAACUCUCCGAGGAGCAGGAAAAUGAGAUAUCUCCUUUCAGAUUGCCUGGGGGCGCUAUGGAAAAAGUGAAGUUUUUCAUCUCCUGGCCCAUUUCGCUGUUGCUGUACUUCACCAUUCCCAAUUGUGCCAAGAAGCGCUGGGAGUGUUGCUUCAUGCUGUCCUUCUUCCUCUCCACGGUCUGGAUCGCUGCCUUCUCAUACAUCUUGGUGUGGAUGGUCACUAUUGUCGGAUACACUCUUGGAAUCCCAGAUGUCAUUAUGGGCAUAACUUUCCUGGCUGCCGGUACCAGUGUUCCAGACUGCAUAGCAAGUCUUAUUGUGGCACGUCAGGGCCUGGGGGACAUGGCUGUCUCCAAUACGAUUGGCAGUAACGUCUUUGAUAUCCUGGUUGGACUUGGCGUUCCCUGGGGCAUCCAGACAAUGGCUGUCAACUACGGCUCUGUGGUUAAAAUCAACAGUAGAGGAUUGGUAUACUCUGUCGUUCUGUUACUAGGUUCAGUGGCUUUAACUGUGUUGGGAAUCCACGUGAACAGAUGGCGGUUGGACUUGAGGCUGGGCAUCUACGUGCUUGUUCUAUAUGCAGUCUUCCUCACCUUUUCCAUCAUGAUCGAAUACAACGUCUUUACCUUUGUCAACCUGCCCAUGUGCAUAGAGGCAGAGUAAGCCAGAAGUUCUCCAUGGGCUUUGAACCAAAAUACCUCCAACCAAAAUCACCAAUGAAUCUGCUGUUUCUCCUGUUCAAUCUGCUCUACUGUUAAAGGAAAACCACUGUUCCUCGCUGCACAUUCACACCACUGUGGCUCAGAUGGAAGAACUACAUCUCCCCAAAAAAAAGACAAAAAAAAAAAAAAAAAAAAUCACUGACUCUCUCUACUCCACCAAUUUCCAGGAACCG